UGAGUUGGCGCAACUCUCUUAUGAAGGUCGAUAAAAAGACGAUUCAUGAAUUCGGUGUACUGCCGAAGAACACCAAACUGCACACAUACACUAGCCAGGAGAGCACGUCGUCUGUGUCAUCUGAUAUCUCCACGUCGGUGAAUCCCAGCAGAACAAUUGGUGUCAUCGCUCCUGUGUUGGAGGACGUUAGAGGAGAGCAAGGCCUUUGUAAAGUUUUAAUGGUUGGAUGCGGAACCACUCUGGACAGCAUCAUUGAUGAAGCUAACAAGAGGUUUAGAGGCUCACAUCAGAUUACUGCUGCCUCAACUGAUAAGGAAUUUAGACCGUACGACUGCAUCCUGGCAGCAGAUGAAUACGACUGUUUUGUCAUCCACUGGGAUCCAGAAGAGUUUGAGGAGGAGCUCAUUGAAAUUACAGAAAACAUUUGUGAUGGAAAACUUGACGUCAUAGUCUGCUGUGAACCUGAUGUCAGAACUCUGAAGCGAUGCCUUCACUGUCUAAGACAGGGAGGUACAUUAGUCACCACACAGGAUGCCAAUGAUAAAGAAAAUGUAAAGGCGCUGGCUAGGAGAAAGAAGCAGACAAUCAUCAAAGACCUGUAGACAAACCACGUAUCGCAUCCAUAGAUGCCAUAUGUGUGUGUGUACAUAUAUAUAAAUAUAUAUAUAUAUAUAUAUAUAUAUAUUCGUGUGAUUCCUUGAUAACGGUGCCCUUUAGUUCCAUUUAGCAGUCAUUGCUUUAACUGCAGUGACUGUGCAUUCCUGUAGCUAAAGGGAUUGCUGAGCAUAAGAUGUUCAGGAAGCAGAAUAUACAGAUGUGUAAAUUGUAAAACGGAAAAGCCAGUGUCAUGGCAUUCUGUGUUAUAUAAUGUAUAAUUCUUUAUCUGUGGAUCAGUUUUCUGAAAGAAGUGCAGUCAAACACAUUUUGUAAUAUUUAUUUUUACCAAACUUGCUUAAAAUGCUGCCAGAAAUCAUGGAAACCAAUGAUCUCGAUUUGUUGCAACGGAAAGACACACUACUAAGUCUGAAGCAUUCGGUACGCGUGAGCACAGUAAGGUACGUGGUAUUGCAGAAAGCAGAAAAUGUGAAGAAAAAGGAAAGGUUACGUCUAUAUGAAAAUGGUGCUAGAAUAAUUCCUUGAGUAUUUGGAGAGUGCUGGAUGCACGCUAACAUUGUGCUGAUAUUGGAAACGAUGACUUUAACACAAGCCUAAAUCACGCUUAAAAGCGAGUUCACACGUUAUCGUAUGGUUAUUUGAGCCUGUGUAACUAUAGGUAGUUAAGUUAUUGUCUGCAGCCACUCACUUCGUUGACUCUACUAAUCGCUGUACUGGCAUAACCUACCUAUCGAUUAACUUCAUCUCUCAAAAUCACCUCAUGAAUAUGUUUCUUAAAACGGCAUGUUCUCGCAGCAAAAUGCAUAGGUAUACCUAUUAUGAGCUCGUCUAUGUUGUAGAAAUUCAUUACAACUCAUUUGUAUUGCUACUUUUAUAACAUUUCUCCAGCAAACCUACACAGUCUUACGAAACUAGUAUUUCGAAUGUUUACAGUGUUUACACAUCCAGGACACAGCCGAGCUGUUCGCAGUUUUCAUCAACAGUUCUUUUCUAUGAUAAAACCAGUUAUAAUUUAUUAUUUGAUGUUUGUUUAGUACAAAAUUUUGAAAUUUGUUUAAAUCAUAUGUUAUCUACAUUACUUAUGCAAUCAGCAAAGAAAUAUAGUGUUUUCUUUCCAGGAAGUAUUUGCGCUAGCAUUGGCCUACUGUUAGCAAUCUCGGUCGCUUCGCUUGACAACAAUUUAUGUGUAUCUAUACGCUAAAAAUUUUAUCCGAGAAAGUUUUCAAAAUGCUAUACCUCGGGGCACAUUUCUAGCUUAAUGAUCGAGAACAUUUCGUGAUGUUUUCAUACUGCAAGUAUGCUCACAGUAGUUGUAUUUGGGCAUUUUGUUGCAAGGAUUGUCCACUUUAAAGCUUAGCGGUGUCCGACCUUAUCGUAACCAACCACGUUUUUAUCAUAAUAGGCUACAUGCAUCUAGUUUGCAUAGCGCUUCCAUUAGACAGAGAUUCUAUUAAUUUGUAGCACUGAAUUCUUGCAUUUCUGUUAUCAUUUAUUUUGAUCUCGUAUAAAGUAUCUUUUGUAAAUACCUGAUAGGUUACUGAAAAAUGUUUUCAUCAAUUCUUGUAUAAUAUGAAUGUAAUAAAAGUUAGUUGUUGCUGUAUAGUAUAUAUAAA